AUGUCGUAUCAGCAAUCUUACGGACAGGGUCCGCCGCAGGGCUAUAAUCAAUAUCCCCCUGCAGGACAGUACCCGCCGCCGCAGGGACAGUAUGGCCAGCACCAACAAUAUCCACAAUAUCCCCCGCAGGGUCCAGGCCCCUACCAGCAAGGUCCAAGCUCUCAUCAGCCGCCUCAACAGCACGGUUCAUACCCACCUCCAAUGGCCGGCCAUCAUCCACAGCAAACACAAUCACCAUACCCUCCUCAGCAGCAACACCCACCACAGGGUGCCUCUCCAUACCCACCUCCCAUGAGCGGGCAACACCCCCAGCAGCCUGGUCCAUAUCCUUCUUACCCACCAUCACAGCAAGGCAUGGGAUACUCGCACCAAGGCCCUCCAGUCCAGCAGGGCUACCCACAAGGGCAUCCUCCUCAGCCAGGCUACCCGAAUGCGCCGCAACAGCAAUACCAAUCCUUCCCUCCGGGUCCUCCGGGCCAACAGCCACCACCGAUGAUGGCGCCUCCAGGAGCAGGUGGUCCCUACCCCAACUAUCCCCCACAACAAGGCCCAAUGCCCUCCCGUCCCUCCCCCGGCUAUGACCCUUCCUUCCUCCCCCCAGGGACAGCAUCCAACGAAGCCGAAGCUCUCCGCAAAGCCAUGAAGGGCUUCGGAACGGACGAGAAAACGCUCAUUCGCGUCCUGACUAGCACCACCGAUCCCAACCGAAUGGCGCUUAUCCGCCACACCUACGAAAAGAUGCACAACCGAUCCCUAACUAAGGACCUGAAAUCUGAGACCUCGGGAUCGUUCGAGACCAUCCUCGUUUCGCUCGCCACAGGUCCAUUGGAAUCAGAUAUCACGUACCUCCACGACGCGAUGAGCGGGUUGGGCACGAACGAAAAGGGAUUGAACGAUGUUCUUCUAGGACGGAGCAAUGCCGAUCUGCAUGCAAUUCAGCGCGCCUACCGGGACAAAUACCACAAGUCGCUUCUCGAUGACAUCAAGGGAGAACUGAGCGGGAAGACCGAGCGUUUCUUCGAGAUGCUGCUCAACGCGAGACGCCCCGAACCGGGAUCUCCCUUUGAUCCGCGCGGCGUUGACACCGACGUGAGGGAACUUCAUCGUGUGACCGCUGGAAAGGUGGGAACAGACGAGGUCGCUCUUUUCGGUAUCUUCAUGAACUCAUCCGAUGAGAGGUUGAAUGUGUUGGCUGGGGAGUUCGAGAGAAUGUAUCAUGUCCCUCUUGAGAAGGUCAUUCGAAGUGAGUUUUCGGGGCAUUUGGAGGAUGCGCUGGUUACGAUGUUGCGGGUAGCGAGGGAUCCGAUCUCAUUCCAUGGUGCAACUUUGAAGGAGUGUUUCUUCGGGUCCAAUGGGGCUAAUGAGAAGAGGCUGGUGUAUUGGACUGUCAGAUUGCAUUGGAAUCCGGAGUAUUUCGCGAGGGUCAAGGGAACGAUGGGAGGGAAUAUGCGCUCGUUGGUGAAGAGUUAUGUUUCGGGUGGGGAUUUUGAGGAUGCGAUGAUGGCGGUUUGCUCUCAUUAA